AUGUUUCCGAAGGCGGGCAGAGGGAAAAAAAUAGCGGCGGGCAGCGUAGAUGGGCCCGGCGGUGUCGGUAUGGAGCCCCCCUUGAGCAAGAGGAGCCCGGCCCUGAGGCUGGCGGAUUUGGCAGCGGCUCAGCCCCACCCGCACCAGCACAUGACAGGCUUCCCGGGGCUGGGGACCCACCACGGCCACCCCCACCACGCGGCCCACCUCCACCCGGGGGACGCGGGCGGCGACCCCGGCGGCGCCCUCCCUCCGCUGGGCCCCGAGCACAUGGCGCAGCCCGCCGCCGCCCUCAAGCUCGCCCCCGAGGCGCUCACCGCCGCCGCCGCCGCCGCCGCCGCCGCCUUCUCCGCGCCCUCCGCCGCCGCCGCCGCCGCCGCCGCCGCCGCCGCCGCCUCCGCCGCCGUCUACGCGCCGCCCGCCGCCGCCCUGCCGGGCUACCCGUCGGGGGGCGCCUCGGCCCGGGACUUCCUCCUGCGCCGGGACCCCCAGGCCUCCGCGCAGGGGGCCGCGGGCGAGCAGCACCCGCCCGCCGGCUCCCCUCACCUCCCACCGCCCCACGGCGUGUUCGUGCCGCCGGCCGCCGGCGCCUACGGCUCCCCCGACGGCGCGCACGCCGCCGCCGCCUUCCCCCCGCCGCCGCCGCCGCCGCCGCCGCCGGCCGGCGAGCGGCAGCCGCCGCUGAACGGGCAGCUGCGCCUGGGGCUGGCGGCCGGCGAGCUGUACGGCCGCGCCGAGGCGCACUACGGGGCCGCCGCCGCCGCCUCGGCGCUGCAGGGCUACGGCCCCGUCGGGCUGGGGCUGGCGGCGGCGGGCCACGGGCAGCCGCCCCCUCCCCACGGCCCCCACGGGCAGCCGCACGUCGGGGCGGCGGCCGGAGCCUUCCUGCGCUACAUGCGGCAGCCCAUCAAGCAGGAGCUGAUCUGCAAGUGGAUCGAGCGGGAGGUGCCGGCGGGGGGCAGGAAGCCCUGCUCCAAAACUUUCGGCACCAUGCAGGAGCUGGUGAGCCAUGUCACCGUGGAGCACGUCGGCGGGCCCGAGCAGAGCAGCCACGUGUGCUACUGGGAGGAGUGUCCCCGCGAAGGCAAGCCCUUCAAAGCGAAAUACAAACUCAUCAACCACAUCCGAGUGCACACGGGAGAGAAGCCCUUCCCCUGCCCCUUCCCCGGCUGCGGGAAGGUCUUCGCCCGCUCCGAAAACCUCAAGAUCCACAAGCGGACUCACACAGGGGAGAAGCCCUUCAAGUGCGAGUUCGACGGCUGCGACAGGAAGUUCGCCAACAGCAGCGACCGAAAGAAGCACUCCCACGUCCACACCAGCGACAAGCCCUACUACUGCAAGAUCCGGGGCUGCGACAAGUCCUACACCCACCCCAGCUCCCUGCGCAAGCACAUGAAGAUCCACUGCAAGUCCCCGCCGCCCUCCCCGCCGCCCCCGGGCUGCUACGCGGCCGCCGGGCCCCCCGACGGGCCGCUGCCCCCCGAGGCCGACCCCGCGGCAGAGCCGCCCCGUGUCCCCUUGUCCCCGCCGGUCACCAACCUCAGCGAGUGGUACGUCUGCCAGGCCGGCGGGGCCCCCCGACGGCCGCGCACCCCCUCCAGCCGCGCCGCCUCGCCGGCCUCCGAGGGGGACGAGCCCCACAGGACCUCGGGGGGCAGAGCCGCCCCCUAG